AUGCUGGACACCAUCAGCAGCCAGUACGACUCCUUCAUCUACUGGAGGAUGCCGAUCCCGCGGCUGGAUGUGGCGGAGCUGGAGGGGCUGGAGCUCGGUGAUGUGACCCUCUACAAACCCAAGGCAGGGCUGGGCAAGCUCAGCAGCCAGCGGGAUCGGCUCCGCCAGGAUGUCCCCGACGAGGAGGACACUCUGCUGCAGUUCAACAGCUUUAACUUCUGGCGAGCUCCCAUCGCCAGCAUUAGCUCCUUAGAUUUCGACCUCAUUUGA